AAAAAAAUCAUAUUCAUGCAAACGGAUUUAAACAGCUUAGGGAGCAUUAAUUGGAAGAUUCUCCGCGACAUUCCAGCGCAACUGGCAACUCGACAAAUACUUAACCGCACAAAAAUUGAAGUUGUCUGUGUGAGGUGCGAACUGUGAACAUUUUCAAACAAAACACUUCGGCAAUAAACCCCUAAGGGCUAAAUCAUCAUAUUGCCGGACCGUAUGCGGGGGCGGCGGCACGUUUUCGAAUCAAUUAUGUGAACGGCGAAAACAAUGUCAAUGAUCGAGUCGCGGCUUAUCAUCAAACAAGGGUACAUGGUCAAACGGUCCCAAAACAAACGUGUUUACACGCUGGUCAACUUCAAGAGGCGAUGGUUUGUGCUGACCAAAACCCACUUGAUCUACUACGAUGAUGAGGACGAGGCGAAACGCAAAGAAAAGGGCCGAGUUGAACUUGAACGCGUGCACACAAUCGAAGAAGCCCAAUCAGUGUUUUCAAACGAGGAAGUGGGCAUUCAGGGGGAGUUUUUUCCCUUCCUAGUGGGCUAUCACCAAGAGGAGGACUACACGUUGUUCCUGCUGGGAUUGGAGGAACUUGAUAGGAUUGGCUGGAUUUUCUCCAUUCGAAAAGUGUGCGCCUAUAACAGAAACGUUCGAAACUACUUUCAUCCGGCCCCUUGGAACGGGCGGCGCUGGACCUGCUGCAGAAAGGCCACGAAACUGGUGGACGGCUGCAGAGAGUGCAAUAGUUGGACCGACAGCCAAGAGAGCAGCCCUUCCAGGGGUAGCAACAAGGAGAAUUACUUCAAUACUAGCACCCCUUCAUCUCCAAUCAUGCCUGGCGGCGGGACGCCCAGCACCCCCUCAGCGAAGCAGAAGGAGGAGCAAACCACCCCAAGGGCCAAAGUGGUGGUCGCCCUUUACAACUACAAAGCGAUCGAAACGGGUGAUUUGAGCCUGGAGAAGAACAUGGAGUACGAGGUGAUUGACGACAGCCAGAAGCACUGGUGGAAAGUGCGGGACUCGAAAGGACUUAUCGGCUUCAUCCCCAGCAACUACGUGAAGGAGAAAGAGCUUUUGGGUCUUCAACAGUACGAUUGGUAUGUCAACGACAUGUCGAGGCAAAGAUCCGAAUCUCUUCUGAAGCACGAGGACAAAGAGGGCUGUUUUGUGGUUCGCAACUCUUCCACCAAGGGACUUUACACGCUGUCUCUUUACACCAAAAUACCUCACCCCCACGUGAAGCACUACCACAUAAAGAAGAACAGUCGCGGGGAGUUUUUCCUAUCAGAGAAACACUGCUGUAACUCCAUCCCGGAUCUGAUCAACUACCACAAGCACAACAGUGGCGGACUGGCUUCCCGUUUGAAGACCAGCCCUUGCGAUAGGCCCGCGCCCGCUACUGCUGGACUCAGCCAUGAUAAAUGGGAAAUCGAUCACAACGAGCUGAUGCUACUGGACGAAUUGGGUUCGGGCCAGUUUGGGGUGGUUCGCAGAGGAAAGUGGCGAGGGUCGACGGACGUGGCCGUGAAAAUGAUGAAAGAAGGCACCAUGUCUGAGGACGACUUUAUCGAAGAGGCCAAAGUGAUGACGAAGCUGCAACAUGCGAAUUUGGUGCAACUGUAUGGGGUGUGCAGCAAAAACCGACCGAUUUUCAUCGUCACCGAAUACAUGCGGCAUGGCUCGCUUUUGAACUACUUGCGGCGACAUGAGCAGUCAUUGGCGACCAAUCAGGGGCUGUUGUUGGACAUGUGUAUUCAGGUGUGUAAAGGCAUGUCGUACUUGGAGCGGCACAACUACAUCCAUCGCGACCUAGCCGCUAGAAAUUGCCUCGUAGGCACCGAGAACAUUGUGAAAGUGGCCGACUUCGGCCUGGCAAGAUACGUUUUGGACGACCAGUACACGUCUUCAGGCGGCUCCAAGUUCCCCAUCAAAUGGGCCCCGCCCGAGGUACUGAACUACACCAGAUUCUCCUCCAAGUCUGACGUGUGGGCGUACGGGGUGCUGAUGUGGGAGGUUUUCACCUGCGGAAAGAUGCCCUACGGCCGAAUGAAGAACUCGGAAGUGGUCGAGCGCGUCCAAAAGGGCAUUAUUCUAGAUAAACCCAAAGCUUGUUUUAAGGAAGUGUAUGAUGUGAUGAAGAAAUGUUGGGCCCCGCUACCAGAAAGCCGGCCCUCCUUCAGAAUCCUCAAAGACACCCUACUGAACGUAUCGCAGGGUAUUUUGGUCGAUUGACUGGCGCGUCUCGUGUGUGACACGGUGGUUAGAGGGGUGUCGCCCAGUUCGGCCGGCGGGGCUUCGUGCAGUUCGCACCAUGAUGGUUACGAAGAGGCCUGGCUGGGCGUCUGUCGAACACUUUGUAGAGAAGUGCGUCGCGCGAAAAAGACCACUAGAAACUACGAGGUGCCCUAAAGCCGCCCCAACGAACUUGUUUCAAAGUCGCGUAUCUAAUAUUUAGAUUGGUGAUGAAUCGGUGGCCAAAUGUAAUAGAAAUAGUCUGCUGGGUGCUCUCAAGUUAUCGACGUGCAGUAGACGAAAUUUAGACUGACUGAGGCUUUGGAGGACUCCCGAACCACUGGCGAAACUAAAUUGGAAACUUCUUCGGCAGACAGCUGACAAUAAUGCAAUUUUCUCUCUAUUGAGUCAGUGGGGCCAAAAGACAAAACAUUCUCACGCAAAGAACUGCCUCUUAACAUAACGUAUAGCUAUUUUUCCAUAAUAAGGGUUUAAACAACACUAAUUACGCAGAGCGUUGUAUCAAAUGAUGGCCGCAACUUUUAUAUAAAAAGUGUAUAUCCUACGGAAUUUUUUCAGUCUCCAACCCGACCAAGGGAAUUGUGUCCGAUUUCUGUUUGUCACAUCACUAGCCCGACCCUGACAAAGUUUGUGAUAUGUAUUUUUAAUUUCCCUAGGUAUAGUGCAUGUUUGUGACAUUUAGUUCCGUUUAAUUUAGCACUAGACCGCCCCUCAUUAGCUAAUUAAUACUUAACCGAGUACAACACUCAACCAGCUAAAAGCUGCAUACUAAUUGGACUUGACCUAGUUUAGUUCUAGAUUAAUUUUGAUGUGUGAUACAAAACUGUAUAAGUACUACAUAGUUUCGAACGUUAGAACCAUCCUCAAUUAUCUACACCAUGUAUUUCCAAUCGAAAUGUGUUACCAUAUCAUGUUUGCAUGAAAUUUCCUCAUUCUAUACUAAGAUACUGUGUACUGGAAAACAUUCAGUCCCUUUUUUAUUUUCAUAUAUAAGAUUUUUUAUAUGUAUUAAUAUCUGAGUUUUUAUAGAUUCUACGUAUAUUAUAAAACCUUACUGUAA